AAGUAGGACUUGUGCAAACAAAAGGGCUGUUUGCAAAUUGGAAUUAACAACAGUAAUUAAAAAUGGGUAUGACUCUUCUAUUAUUGGUGGCUUUCCUCUCAGUGACAUACGCUGACAUAACUGGACCGAGUGUGAAAACUGGAACGGUGGGACAUAGAGUUGAAAUCGUUUGCAAGUUUAACACGUUUUUCAGAAACUAUCAGAAGUACUGGUGCAAAGGAUACUACCGCAGGACCUGUACUGUUUUAGUACAAACGCAAGGCCCUGAGAUGAAAAGUGGAGAUGGCAGAAUAACCAUUGCAGCUAACAACCUAAAAGGAGAACUUACAAUACAAAUAGAGAGAUUAACAAAAAGUGAUAAGGGUUGGUAUUGGUGUGGAAUAGAAAAGCCUCAUCUUCUGGAUCCUUUAAGUGCCGUAGAACUUAAAGUUCGUGAAGGUCAAAAGUUACUUCCUACAGACAAACAAAAACUCAGGCUUUUCAUAAUACUUGGACUUGUGUUCGGAAUACUAACUACGGUGUCCCUUGGACUCCUGGUACUAGUUUUGAAAAAAGUGAGAAAGCAGAAAAAUAAAGCUCUGAAUGAACAUAUGGAUGGCUGCAAAGUGGAAUUUAAAGGGAUGCAGGCAAUUGAAGGGCAAGAGACAGAUAAGGAGAAGGAGUCAACUGCUGAGAAUUCUAUUCCGAAGUCAAACUCUGUGCUCUCCAAAGAGAAGGAAGCUGGAGUUACCUAUGCCACUGUGGCGAUUCAGCCUACUGGCCACCCUCAGGAAGACUCCGCCACGUACGAUAAUGUGAACCCUUCCAGCAGCCCGGAGGAGAGCAAGCCAUCAGUUAUCGAGCCUCCAGCUUCAGAACAAAUAGAGUAUUCUACAAUUGCAUUCAAAAAGUAAACAUUCUGCUCCACCUAACGUCUGCCCCGUUUUCCGCAGAACAGCGUCCUUGUAAAUCGUAAUUUGCUCCAUUUGGAUACGUUUAUCACUUAGUGCGUUCUAUCCAGCCACCGCGUAUCAGAUAAGUCACAGAACACACUGCCAGAUUUUCCCAAUGCGUACCCAUGCCAUGAAUCCUAGGCACUCAUUUGCCCUUUGAACUUACGUUGGGUGGACAGAGAGAAUCUACUUCAUUUCGGGAAGGGCUCAGGAUUAAGGGGAAGUAAGCUAGAACUCAGUUUUUCAGGGGCAAUAUUAGACAUCAUUUCUUCACCGAGCAUGGAGUGGAAAUAUGGAAUUCUCUCUCCCAAAAAUCUGCUGAG